AUGGACAGAUUCCGGAGCCUGCUCCGUCCCAGACCAGACUACGAGCCAUUACUGAACGAUACAGAAAGAGACGAUGACAGUGAACAAGAUGGCGUGGGCGUGGGCGUGGGCGCAGACGAAUCGCCCUUCUCCUGGGUUGAGUACUUUAUCUUUCUCUUGCUAGGGAUUGCUAUGCUCUGGGCGUGGAACAUGUUCCUGGCCGCCGCUCCCUAUUUUCAACAUCGAUUCCGAACCAGCGACUGGAUAUUCAACCACUUCCAGGCAGCGGAAAUCUCUGUGUCGACAGUGACCAAUCUGACCUCGAUGCUCAUCCUGACCAAGCUCCAGAAGGGAGCAUCAUACCCAAAACGAAUAUCGUCGUCUCUCCUGAUCAACACUGUUGUCUUCGCGAUCUUGGCUCUGUCAACCGUGGUUCGCACCGCCGCAGGCGUCUAUUUCGGUUUUCUGUUGAUAGCCAUCUUCUUCGCGAGCUUCUCGACUGGCCUGAUUCAGAAUGGGCUGUUCUCAUUCGCGUCAGGAUUUGGCAGAAGCGAAUAUACACAAGCAAUCAUGACCGGCCAAGCAGUGGCCGGAGUGCUACCAGUUCUUGCACAAAUCAUUUCCGUGGCUGCAUUUCCAGCAAAGGAAACAGACGAAUCUCCGACAUCAGCACUGGUCUACUUCCUAACCGCGACGGGUAUUUCAGUCCUGUCUCUGCUCGCCUUUUUCUAUCUUCUGCGCCGACACGGCCAUCAUGAGAGCAUCAAGGCGAUUAAGAAAGCUACCCUACAUGAGACAUCUGAGGGCGAUGCAUUGACGGGCAAUGUCCGAAUAUCGGGGUCACAAGAAGAUGGUAAUGCUGAUCGGCCAGCGAUCCCUCUUACCACACUGUUCAUGCGGAUGCCAUUUCUUGCUGCCGCGGUCUUUGUCUGCUUUGCCGUAACCAUGAUCUUUCCUGUCUUCUCGGUCUCCAUCCAAUCAGUCGGUGGAGUCGAGUCGGCGGUCUUUAUCCCCAUGGCCUUCCUCCUGUGGAAUAUGGGAGACCUGUUUGGACGGCUUUCGACGUUGUGGAAACCCGUUUCGCUUACACACUAUCCGUUCGCCUUGUUCUGCCUCUCCAUGGCUAGGCUCUUGUUCAUCCCUCUGUAUUUUCUAUGCAAUAUCAAAGGAAAAGGAGCAGCCAUUAAUAGUGACUUUUUCUACUUGGUGGUUGUUCAGUUUCUGUUUGGGCUUACGAACGGAUAUCUGGGCAGUGAGUGUAUGAUGGGGGCAGGAGAAUGGGUACUGCCUGAGGAGCGUGAAGCUGCCGGUGGAUUUAUGGGACUGAUGCUUGUUGGAGGUCUUACAGUGGGCAGCUUGCUCAGCUUUUUACUGGGAGAUAUAUAG